AUGAUGGAAACACUAGAUACUACGGCCACAGAAUUUGAAUUCAGUGAAGACGAAAUAUUACAAGAAUUAAGUAGAUUAGGCUAUCGUAAUGUCCCAGCUUCAAAAUUGAAAGAAUUUCAACGAGAUUUGAAGUUAUUGAUACAACAUGAUAAAAGUACAUCGUAUAAUACAAGUGUAUCAUCUUAUUAUCAGGAUGAAUCUGAUAUAGAGACAGGACCACCAAUGAAGAUUACUAUAAGUAGAGAUAGUCAGUCUAAUGAUAAUGAAGAUGAUGAUGAAAUAGAGUCACCAAAACAACAUAUUAAUAUCAUUAAAAGUCAGGGCAGGAAAAGUCAACAACCUACAACCAGUGGUAAUUCUACAAGAGGUAACUUUCAACUUUAUAAGAAACAAGAACAAGAUAUACCUGAUGAUGUAUCUGAAACAGAUUCUGACAUCAGACGUUUGGUGAAAAGAAAAACUGUCAGGAAGAGUGAAAAGGGAGGCAAAUUUAUUGAUGAAUCCAUGACUGAGAGUGAUGCAGGCAGCAUAAUAGAUGCUCAUGAACGUCUACAGAAACUAGCAUUAAGAGAUUUUGAUGAUAUGCAGAUUGACAGAAGACCUAGAUCUUAUAGAAAUAGUGAAGAGCCACCAUACAGACUAGCUAGUGAUGAUCCAAGACCAGCAUCAGUAAUAUUACGUUCUACAGAACAUCCUCAUACUAAAAAUCUGAGAAAAUCUGACCCAGUAGCUAGAUACCAACAAUUUAAACAAGUAUGGCAGAAUUAUAAAGCACCAGGUGAAAAAGAUCAUAAAUAUCUACGAUGGAAUAUUAGAGAAAAAAUGUCUGUUCAAGAGGUUCCAGAGAAGAAAAAUCACAGAGUGUAUGUUCAAAAUAAAUAUACUGUACCAUCAGAUAAACAGAGAAAGAGUCUACGAUGGCAAGUUAGAAUGGAUAUGGCCCAGGGUGUCAAACCUCCGAGUGGUUUCUAUCAUGAAUAUUGA